AAUCAGCAGUCACUACUUUUUUUCACUUCAAUCCAAUGUUUGUUGUACUAAUCGACUUACAAAACCCUUAGACGAUGGUCCUGGUGACACAAGAACGCCCAUGAUGGGCUUUUUGAAGGGUUUCAGCGGUAUUCAAAAGAAGAUUACCAGAGAUGGCCAGCCAGCGAAGCGGAGAGGACCCAAACCAGACAGUAAACCAGCACAAACACGCCGUCAGGAGCUCAAUCGGCAAGCUCAAAGAACGCAUCGGGAAAGAAAAGAGAAUUACAUCAAGGCACUUGAACUGGAACUCUCACGAUUACGAGAAGUCUUCCUGAUGGAGCAGAACGGCCGGGACGCUACUAUCCAACAACAAAAGCUGAUCAUCGAGAACCAGCAACGUGAAAACCUGGCACUGAGGGAGAUCCUGACAUCUCGAGGCAUUCCUUUUGAAAACGAGCUUGAGAACCGCAAAGCUGUCUUUGCCAUGAGACCCAAACGAGAAGAAGACUCUUUGAGCCCACCAUCGUUGGCUACGUUAAGUCCAAGUACAAUGGCUGGGAGGCCUAGAGGGUAUCAACAAGGCGUACCUGGUCCAGGAUCAGUACCUUCUGGCUAUUCUCCUCAAACUUACCUCAAUGGUGGUGGCCUGAGUGCUUCGGGUCAUUCCCCAGGGACAACCCAUCACAGUCAUUCUCCUCAAGGUCCGGACAUCCAAGAGUUCUCGAUCAAGCAAGAACCUCGAGGAAUCCCGGAUAUGCCAGGCAUGACAAUGCAGGGUAUGGGCAUCUUUGAAAAAGAUCCCCAACUGGGUAUCGACUUCAUCUUGAAACUUGAGCAAACGUGUCGAGAUCACGAGGAAUACCUAGUGCGGAGGUCAAUGGAUUCACCGAACAACGAAGAAGAGGCAUUAUUCUCCGGUCAUGCUCUGAUGGCUUCAUGCCCGCCACCAAGUCAUAUUUCCAGUGUGCCGGCUCAAGGAGGAGGUUUGGUCCCAACCUACGAACACAAGGUGCCGGAUGCCGAAUCGGUCCAAAUUCUCAGCAAUCUGCUCAACCUCAGUCAGACAUUGAAAGGCAACGCAAUCCCAAGCGGACAGGUCACCCCAAUCAUGGCGUUGCAGUCACUCAAAGGUCACAGGAAUUAUGGCAGCCUCACCCGAGAAGAUGUCAUAGGAAUGAUCGAGUCAAUCAGGGGCAAAGUACGGUGCUAUGGCUUUGGAGCAGUCAUGGAAGACUUUGAACUUCGUGAUGCUCUUUCAAGUAUAUUCGCCAUGAAACCCGAGACUUACGAUCAACUCGGAACAGACUAUACGGCAGAAAUCGAGGAAAUGUACUCAUGAAAGAGGAAGUAUUGGUGAGUGUGGGAGAGGCCUUUU